AUGCGAAAGUUGGAAUGGGACGACAUGGAAGUGAAGGUUGAUGGUCGGCAGCUACACCAUUUGCGCUUCGCUGAUGACAUCGUACUGAUAACAGCUAACAUCAGCCAAGCGGAACGAAUGCUGACCGAAUUUGACGAAACAUGUGGAUGCAUCGGUCUUCAGCUGAAUCUACAAAAGGCGAUGUUCAUGCAGAACGGAUGGGUCUCGGAUGCCCCACUCACGCUCAACGGAACGAACAUAUCCGAAUGCACCAGCUACGUUUAUCUGGGUCGGGAACUGAACAUGAUGAACGACCUGACCUCCAAGCUGGACAGGAGGAAACGAGCGGCUUGGGCAGCGUGUAAGAGCAUCGAGGAUGUAGUGAAGGACACCAGGAACACACGGCUCCGUGCUCACUUUUCAACAUCACAGUAUUUCUUGCUUUGGCCUAUGCUUCAGAAACCUGGGCACUUCGCAAGAAAAUGCGGUGAGCGUCAUUGA